CAGUGGUGCGUGCGGUGGUAGUAGUGGAGCUGGCGAUGCCGGCAAAAUUGGAACAAGCGGGGGCGAAUCGGUGAAAGCCGAUGGCCCCCGCCGCCUUAGCGUCGAACGUGAUGGACCCAGCACCAAGUUGUUGGGAUCAUCUUCCGGCGUCAUCCGACGGUGGAGCACCAGCAACAGCUCGGUCAACCGGAGGAGCAGCCAAUCAAAAAUCUCCAACCUGGUCCAGCACCGGUCCGAGCAGCAGCACCACACCUCGGAGCGCACGAUGCGGGCCAUCGGGCGGGUUGGCCAAGCCGUCAACCUAGCCGUGGAACGGUUCGUGACGGUGGGCGAGACAAUCGCAGACGACAAUCCAGAAAUCAAGCAGGACAUGUACGAUGCCUGCAAGGAGGCACGAGCAGCUGGCUCAUCGAUAGAGCGCUUAUGUGAUAUUGCGGCAACGGAUCCGGUGGGUUACUCGCCCCGGCCUAAUCCGAUUGACGACAGAGGACCGAUGAUACGGGCGGCCCGGACCCUGCUGAGCUCGGUGACGCGGGUCCUGCUGCUGGCCGAUAUCGUGGUCGUAAAACAGUUAUUAUUAGCCAAAGACAGGGUAGCUAGAACUUUAAGUAGAUUAGAAUCAGUGGCCAAUUUUACAGAAUUCGUGAAAGCCUUCUCAGUAUUCGGCGCUGAGAUGGUGGAACUGGCGCAUGUGACAGGUAAUCGGCAAAAUGAUCUGAAAGACGAAAGGCGGAGGGCGCAGAUGUCAUCGGCACGCCAGGUACUGGAGCGAUCGACAAUGAUGCUGCUGACGUCAUCGAGGACGUGUAUAAGGCAUCCCGAGUGUCCUCACUCCAAGGAAAACCGUGACACCGUUUUCUGCCAGAUGCGAAGAGCGAUGGAUUUGAUUCACUACGUGGUGAAAGAUGGCAUUCUGGAGACGGCAAGCGAACGAAACGUGCUGCGACAGGUCCCCGAAUGGGACUCGGAACGGGCGACGGCCUUCACCUGCUUGCGGCACUUUUCCCGGCUCAUCGAGAUGUCCCGUCCGGACUACGAGCGGCGCAGUUCCGGCAGCAAAACCAGUUCUUCCAUGACGGCCGCCGUUGGGCCGCCGCCACUCGGUGCCAAAGAUUGCGUCUCGCCGACCGCCGUCCGCGACAAGGAAACCGGCAUCGAGUACCGGCGGGAGCUGACGAGGCGGAACAGCGAGCGCGAUCGCGACAGAAAUUCCAUUGGCCAUUCCAGAGAGUAUAGUACUAGGGAACGCGAGUUUCCCAAAUAUGACAAUAAAGCUGAACUAGGGAUCUCAAUAUUUUCCUCCGACACCCGGGAGCAGCUACUGGCCGCACUCGACAAGGUUUGUGAAAAGACUCAGGACUUUACCGAUUCGGCGUACACGAGUCACGACUACCGGGAGAACAUUCUGCUGCUGUGCGACCGUGCCAAGCUGGAACUGAACCAGCUGAUGCGAAUCGCCGUCAGCAUGGAACAGUACCCGAACGCAUCCUACGACAUCGAAGGUGCCAUCGAGAGCGUCCUAACGGCGGCCCAGGACCUCACGACGCAGCUCACCCUGACGGCGCAGGACCAGUCGGCCGAGCUGUCGCAUAUCAUCAAGGCUGGCAUCGACAUUGCCAACUCGCUCAGGAACAUUGCCUUAAAUCAGGAGAUCGACCGGCUACAGGAGUGCGCCGAUCGGUUUCACGAGCAUAUCGAUCACAUUCUGGAGGUUUGCAAACUGCUGCGACAGAUAGCGCUGACGGAAACGCUUCAGGUGCAAGCCAAGUUUACGGAGAUCAACGUGAGGAUCUACGGACCGCAGGUGAUCACCGCAGCCCGGGCUCUGACGUCGCACCCGGAGAGCAAACACGCCAAAGAUAACCUCGAGGUGUUCGUUGACAUGUGGCAGUGGCUGUCGACGGACGUGACCACCAUCACCAAGGAGGUGAUCGACUUGGCGCAGACAACGACCAAAGCCGACAAAACCACCGAGUAUCUAAGUCUUCCGAGACCUGGGAAACAUGGAACCACAUCGAAACCCCUGAAGCCAACGCGCCUCGACUCGGAGGAGCAGGAAAAGAUUGCCAAAACCGGACUGGAGAUGAAGAUGGUCACCAACGAGAUGGACGCCGAGACGGACAAGUGGAACGGGGCGUCCGAGGAGAACAACGACAUCGUCAAGAGGGCGAAAAACAUGUCGGCGAUGGCCUUCUCGAUGUAUCAAUUCACCAAGGGCGAGGGAACGCUCCGGACGACGCAGGACCUGUUCACCCAGGCGGAAUACUUCGCCGAGGAGGCGAACCGCCUCUACAAGGUGGUCCGCCAGUUCUCCUACCAAGUGCCAGCCGGUGCCCCCAAGAAGGAACUGCUGGACCACCUGGACAAAGUGCCAACGUACGUGCAAACGCUGCAGUUCACCGUCAAGGAUCCGACCGUCGGCAAAGCGGCCACCUUCGUCAAGGUUGACCACGUCAUCCAGGAAACGAAAAAUCUGAUGAAUGUGAUAUCGAAGGUGGUUUCGACCUGCUUCGACUGCGCGAAUAAGAUCUACGAACUGACCGGCAUGCCCUUCGACAACCGGUUGAUCAAUAUUCCGACCGUUAUGACGCCCAUUGAAUCGUCGACAUUGAGCAGAAAGUCCACCAAGUAUAAGCUCGACUUCAGUGGCCUGGCCGGACGGGCUGCAAGUGGCGGUGCCCGGGACGAGGACGGUUCCUCCGGACUGCAAGGCGAUAGCAAGGGAUCCACAACGAGCACCGAGGCGAGCAUGUGACAGUACGGGAUGGCCCGCCGGGGCGUUAAAGGUGACGCCCGGCGGACCAGAGUGUCUUUCCUGCUCUUUUAGAAUAAGCAUUAAACAUUGCAUAUGACCGUAUUUAUCGAAUUUAUAUUCCGCGUUUGUGUAUGUUUGAUGAUUCUCGUUUAGGAGCAAACAACCCCGGAUUUCGGUGAGCAAGAACCAAUCGAAGUGAAAUCGAAACCUUACCACCAUCACCACCAAGUACCAAAAGCAGAAAAAACAAGAACAAAAACCAAAAGAACCAACUCAAGGUGAACAAAGAGAUUCAACCAUUGUAUGAUCCAAAAAUCCAGUGAGAACAGAACUCAAUUUCUAGAGCGACCAUCAAACCAACCGCAUACACAAAAAGAAACCACAUAAGAAAACACACACACGUCAGUCAUAAUUACGAGAAGAAAACAAGUGUUUGUUAAAAUAUGUGUAAUAUGAAAUCAUAAAUAUUGAAAUAUGAAUGUUUAGUGACUCGAAACCAAACAAAAAACAACCUUUAACCUAAAUCGAAAUCUUGAGGAGAAUCCCCCGCUAUAAAAUUCUAGAAAUCGCCUAAAAUCUCGAAAUUCUACUCCCUUCGCUUAUCCACUCUCUAGACACGCUAAAAAAAUACACGUUCAAAAACCGCACUGCACCGCUUUUAGUUCCACACACAGACGCAAACCCUGACAAACAAGAUUUUCUUCGAUCGUCGUUGUUGGUCCUUGAUUUUUUUUUCUGCUCAAUUUAACAACGACCACGUCCGUAGAUGAAUACCGUAGUGAGUUUGCCUAUUUCUAGUAUGCAGAAUCGAACGACACAUAUGGUCCAGUGUUUGCUAGAUGUAGAAUUCUAUCCUGUAUCGCAAUCUCACUAGUAGUCACCUCACGCAUCUCUAUAGAUUGCAACACCAAACGCUCUGCAAAUAUGAUUACCGCGA